AUGUGGUGCUGCAAAAAACGGAGCUAUCCAAUAGUUCAGCUGCCGCCCGAUACUUCAGCUGCUGCUUCAAAAAUCAUCAGCAGCAAUCCACUUUCAACCAAUGUAGAUAAAGUACAGCCAAAAGCUAUAAGUCGACAUUCUGCAGAAUCGCAUACGUCAUCAAUCGUGUGCGACUUUGAGAAAUAUGAACCGGACAGUGUAAGAACCAUUACCUCGCCCGAAAAGCAAAAUCCUAUACAACAUCGUCAACUGUUUGAUCGCGCUCGAGUCAAUCUUGAAUCAUAUCAGCUACUCUGGUUAGAUGCAAAUGUACACAAUGAUGACGACCAUAAAAUAACCCUUGAAAGUCUACGUAAAAUAGUUGACUAUGCAAAGUUAUUUGAUAAUGUUGAAGAGUGUCGACAAUUUCUUGAAAAUGCCCAAGACUGUGCGAUAACAACAUUUCUAGUUGUAUCCGAUGACCUGGCCGAAAUUUUACUUUCAAAAGUCCAUCAUCUUAAAAAUGUUUCGACUGUUUAUAUCUAUGGUUACAACACUAAAUUGUCUCCUCAACAGUGGGCCUGUAAUUAUUCAAAAAUUAAAGGUACAUAUACUGAACAGAAAGAGAUAUUAAAAUGCUUACUUGAAGAUGUUCACGCGCAUUUGAAGCAUGAUGAACAACAGACAAUAUUUAAUUUAAACAGUAGCGAUGAAAAUACAACUGAUGAUAUCGCAUCAUGCCUUAAACUCAUUACAGCAUUAAAGAAUUAUUAUCAGGGUAAUGCAACGGAAUUACACAUACUCGAAGAAUUUGAGCGAACAUACAAAUCAACGGAUGCUAUUCGAUGGUAUACACGUGAAACAUUUCUCUAUCGUAUAUUGAAUAAAGCACUACGUCAACACAACACCGAAGUCUUAUUUUUACUCGGCUUUUUUCUAUGUGAUAUUUAUAAGCAACUGAAAGAACAGCAUCUGAAAUUUAAAUCGUCGGCGGCACAUUUAGACAGUCCAACAAUAAAAUUAUAUCGAGGACAAAUGAUGAAAAUGACAGAAAUUAAAAGACUGGACAAAAAUAAUCCGGAUAGAUCCUAUUAUGCCUAUGCCUACCGAAUAAAUAAUAGCUUUCUAUCGACAAGUCUCGAUCGAAAUUUAGCUCUGUUUUUUCUCAGUCUAGGAGGAACGCAUCGUGAUGAUGAUGAACUUCAGUCUGUAUUAUUUGAAAUUGAAAUUGAUCUUCGAGGUAGGUCACAACCAUUUGCCGAUAUUUCGCACUUGAGUCAGUUUCCAAGUGAAUCAGAGGUUUUGUUUAUGAUUGGUAAUAUGUUUAAUCUAACUGACUUCGCUUACGAUGUAAGUCUGAAUAUUUGGAUUGCGAAACUACAAUUAGUAUAUCAUGACGACACUUACGUCGAACCGCUUAAUUUUGAUAACAUAGCAGACAGAAAACUUUUGAAGAACAGUGUCAAUAUUCUAUUCUUCUCUGACAUGGAUUAUAUACAGGUACCGCAGAAGGAACUUGACAUAAUAAUCGAUGAAAUCACGAAAGUAUUUCCAUCGGAAAGCGGUUGGUUGUCAAUCAGUAAAGUUCAGUGUCUAGCAUUUAAACUUAAAAAUCAUUUUCCUCCUACUGAGAAAUUAUCGUAUUACAAUCAAGCUCUGACGAUGUGGCAUCAAUAUCCAAGGGAUGAGGAAUUAAACUUUUCAAUUGAUCUUGGUCGCAUUCAUGAAGAAAUCGGUCGGCUACACAAAUAUGGUUAUGCAACCAAAAAACUGGCUAUGGACCACUAUAUAUUAGCGAUAGACUUAUAUCACACAGCAGUCGAAAAAGCCACUAUGAAUUAUGAAAGAAUCGAUAUUGAGAAAAGACUGAGCUCUUUGUAUGUAGAGAAGAACAAAUUAAACGAAACUGCUGAUGCUGGUACUGCUGAAACGAUAGAAAACUAUGCAUUAGCCAUCUUUCAUAAAGAACAGCAACUUGAACAUAUGUCAAAGUACUAUUCUCCGAAUGAUUCAAUCUUAGCUCAACCAUAUCGGCAAUUGGCCGAAUGUAAAGAAGAGAUUUGUAAGUACGAUGAUGCAUUAAUCAACUAUGAAAGAGCCUUAAAACUAUUACUUGAAAACUUUCGACCGUAUCGCUAUCUCGUCCUUAGGGUUUCCGGUAAAAUAGUAGAUAUCUAUAUUGAACAUAAAAAUGAUUAUCGUAUGGCAUUGGAAUAUCAAUUAAUAAACCAUCACUAUACAGCGAGUAUGAAACCAGAUCCGGGUGACGAAGACUUUUAUAUUAAUUAUAAUGAGGAAGUUGUUCACAAACAAACGAUAGCUGAGAGUCAUUUGAAAUUGGUUGGUAUUUACAGAGCACUUAAUGAAUUUGAUUUGGCUGCGGAAAAUGAAAGGAUGGCUGCGAAACUAUACGAUGAUAUAGACGAACUGUGUAAGAAUCUAGGAAUACGUCCUAAAGGUGAUAGUGACUAG